CGCCGCCAUUGCGCGGCGCUGUAACCCUUGAAGGGUGCUCCUGCGGUGAGUGCCUUGACUUCUUGCCCUUGCUUCUCGCUCUCCUAUCCCGGGAGCCCGGCGGGUCCGGGAUUCCCUUCCGUGCCGGUGCGGGCGCCGGCAUGUGGCUGUGGGAGACACAGGGGGGCCUCCUGGGCCCCUUCUCCUUCCUGCUGCUGCUGUUCCUGCUGGUGACGCGCAGCCCCUGCAAUGCCUGCCUCUUCACCGGCAUCCUCUACCUCCUGCUGCGCCUCUUCAGCUUCGAGCCUCUGCCCGCGCGCCGGGCCCUGCAGGUGCUGCAGCCCCGCGACCGCGUCUCCGCCAUCGCCCACCGCGGCGGCUGCCACGACGCCCCCGAGAACACGCUGGCGGCCAUUCGGCAGGCAGCUAAGAAUGGAGCCACAGGCGUGGAGCUGGACAUUGAGUUUACCUCUGAUGGGGUUCCCGUCUUAAUGCACGAUAACACAGUGGAUAGGACGACAGAUGGCACUGGUCGAAUAUGUGAUUUGACAUUUGAACAAAUUAGGAAGCUUAAUCCUGCAGCAAAUCACAGAUUAAGGAAUGAUUUCCCUAAUGAAAAAAUCCCUACCCUGAGAGAAGGAGUUGUAGAAUCCCUAAACCAAAACCUCACAAUCUUCUUUGAUGUCAAGGGCCAUGCAAAUAAGGCUAUUGAUGCUCUAAAGAAAAUAUAUAUGGAGUUUCCUCAACUAUACAAUACUAGUAUGGUCUGCUCUUUCUUGCCAGAAGUUAUCUAUAAGAUGAGACAAACAGAUCGGAAUGUAGUAACGGCUUUAACUCACAGACCUUGGAGCCUUAGCCAUACGGGAGAUGGGAAACCACGCUAUGAUAACAUGUGGAAACUGUCCACAUUUGUGGUCUUAGACAUUUUACUUGACUGGAGCAUGCAUAAUGUCUUGUGGUACCUGUGUGGAAUUUCAGCUUUCCUCGUACAGAAGGAUUCUAUAUCCCCGAACUACUUAAAGAAGUGGUCCGCUAAAGGCAUUCAGGUGGUUGGUUGGACUGUUAAUACUUUUGAUGAAAAAAGUUACUAUGAAUCCUAUCUUGGUUCCAGCUAUAUCACCGACAGCAUGUUGGAAGACUGCCCACCUCACUACUAGACUUUUCCCCCAGGGAGGAAGCCAUGGGUACAGAGAUUGCCUGCUGGCCUCAUGCAGGGAUACUGAGAAACCCUUUGUGCUAGCCCAAGCCAUGGGGAAUCGGGUGGCCCGCAGAAGCAAUAGUCGGUAAUUGCAUUUUAACCUUGGACCAAAGCAAAGCCUGGUGUUGCCACCGUGCUCCAUGGAAUGCCUGAGUUCAACACCGUUGCUCUUGAAAAUCUGGGUCUGCAAAAAAAGGCACAAUAGCUCCUGCCCAGACCUCGCUGAGGCACACACCAAGACCCAGUGAGGAUAGGCACAGAUUGAGCUGUGCAGUGUGGGGGUACAAAUGCAAAUGCAUGGGAUACGCAUGAUCACUCAAAUUUGACAUUUUAAAAUUUGACACACAUGUAAUUUAUUUAUUUAAAAUAUUUGUAUUUGGCUACAUUAUCAAUGUACUGUAGUCAUCAAACUUGUGACCAUACUAAUAAUAAAAUCAUUAAAAGGAGCACGAA